AUGAUGGCGAUAUCGGCGAGCCGGAUCCACCCGUCCUCGGCCACGGAGAUGACGACGACGCCGACGCGGCCUCUGCUGCCGCCGCCGCCGCUUGUUCCUCCACGCCGCGGCGGCGCCGGCGGAGGAGACGGCGCCGACGCCGAUGCCGGCCGCACGCCGGCGGCGCUGCACCACACGGUGUGGAAGCGGUCCAGCAUGGGGUUCCACGGCACCGACGGCUUCUCCGUCUACGAUGCCGCCGGCGCGCUCGCCUUCCGCGUCGACAACUACUCGCGCCGACGGAAGGUGUUCGCCGGCGAGCUAAUCGUCAUGGACGGCCAAGGCGCGCCCCUCCUCGCUCUCAGGCCGCAGAUUUUCAGCAUGCACGACCAAUGGAACUGCUACAACGCAUCAGAAGAAGGCCAAGGCAAGAGGCCAAGUUCACACAGACUCUUCUUGAUGAGGAAAUGCUCGGUUCUACAGAAAGGCCAUCAAGCAGAAGUGUCCAUGUCAGGAUCAUGCAGCACCAGCUUCUGGGUCGAGGGCUGCUUCAGGAGGAGAAGCUGCAAGAUCCGCAACAGCGACGGCGAGGAGGUGGCCAGGAUAACGAGGAAGAAGUCGAAUUCGUUGACGCUUGGCGACGACGUGUUCAGCCUUGUCGUCCAGCCGGGCAUGGAUUGCGCCAUGAUCAUGGCGUUCGUCGUCGUCCUGGACCGGAUCUGUUGGAAGCCGUACAAACCCUUGAUCUGCUCCUAG